AUGAAUCAUGACAUAAAAUUUUUAAGUGCCGGUGAAGGGAUCGAGAAGGCAUAUUACAUGAUGAAAUACACGACCAAAGCAAAGAAAGAAAGCAAAGCUGAGCGGUACCGCAAACGCUCGGAAGGCAUAGUGAUGAUGGACGUGCCACUAUAA